AUGGGUAGCAGCAGUUCAGAGGAAUCAGACAUCAGUGACUCGGAGAUUAGUGAGUACAAAGAGAAACCAUACGAGCUGCUGAAGGAUGGAACUUACAAGAUUCGAGGCCCGAAUGGCUCCUUCAGAUGCCCAUUUUGUGCUGGCAAGAAGAAACAAGAUUAUGCGUUGAAUCAUUUACUGCAGCACGCUAUUGGGUCUGGCAAGGGCACAGCUAGAAGUGCGAAAAUGAGGGCUAAACAUCUUGCCCUUGCAGCCUUCUUGGAAAAUGACCAGGGCAUCGAGGCCCAGCCCACGUUGCCUUCUGCCGCCAAACCCGAGCACUAUGUCUGGCCAUUGUAUGGGAUUGUGACCAAUGUCCAAAACGAGUUAAAGAAUUUCUCUCCAGAAGAGGAGUGCAGUUAUUGGAUGAAGAAGUUCUCGAGAUACAGGCCUUCGACGAUCGAGAUAUUCAGAGAAGUUGAUCAAGUCGUUAUGAGAUUUGAUAGCGAUGGCUAUUUGGAUGCUAUGGAGUUUGAAAAGUGGUUUCAAGCUCAGGGGCAAUGCAGAAAGGAAUGGGUCGAGCAUAAGGGUUCUCCUGGGUCAAAACUUUAUGGUUGGUUUGCUGGCGAGGAUGACUACAAGUCGGAAGGGACUGUUGGGGAUUACUUGCGCAGGAACGGGGAGUUGAAGACGAUCUUAGAGCUUACCAAUAAGCGGAAUAGUAUCGUGAGUGACCUGGUCAAGGAGAUUGACUUGAAAAACGAAAAUCUGUGUCAGCUGCAAAUAAAAUACAAUGAGAAGACCCUUUCACUCAGUAGAAUGCUUGAAGAGAAGGAUGAACUUCAUCGCACUUUCUGUGAAGAAAGGAGAAAGCUGCAAGUCAUUGUGGGGGAGCACAUCAAGAGGGUUCUCAAUGAACAAGAGAUGCUGAAGUUGGAGUUGGAGAACAAAAAGCGGCGACUUGAUUCUUGGAGCAAAGAAUUGAAUAAGUGUGAGGCUGCUACUGAACGCGAGAGACUCAAACUUGAAGAGGAGAAGCAAAAGAACGACAAGAGGAACAGUGCUCUCCAAAUGGCUACGGAGGAGCAAAAGAAAGCAGAUGCGAAUGUCCUCCGGCUGGUUGAAAAUCAGAAUAGAGAGAAGAAGUUGGCACUGGAGAAGGUUCUGGAGCUUGAGAGGAAUUUGGAUGAGACGCAAAAGCUGGAGAUGGAGAUAGAGGAGCUCAAAGGGAAACUGGAGGUCAUGAAGCAUAUGGGUGGCGAUGAUGAUGGAGCUGUGGAGAAGAAGUUUAAAGAGCUGACUGAGCUCUUGGAGGACAAGAAGGAUGAUCUCGUCGCUCGGGAGGAAUUAAACAAUCAGCUGCUCAUAAAAGAGCGCAUGGGCAAUGAGGAGCUUCAGGAGGCGCGGAAAGUUCUUAUUGAGGGUUUGACAGAUAUGCCGAGCAGCAGUCGUGUGAACAUCGGGAUAAGGAGGAUGGGUGAGAUUGAUGAGAAGGCCUUCAAAACUGUAUGUAGCAAGAGGUUCUCAUCUGGAGAGGCUGAGAUCAAGGCUGUUGAACUCUGCUCCUUAUGGCAAGAGAAGAUGAAAAAUGCUGAGUGGAACCCAUUCCGUGUCGUCGAGGAUGAGAAGGGGAAUGCCAAGAGUGAGAUCAAAGAAGAGGACGAGGAGCUGCGUGGGCUCCGGGAAGAGUGGGGCCAAGAAAUAUAUGAGGCAGUGACCACGGCUCUGAUAGAGAUGCAAGAGUACAACCCGAGCGGCUGUUAUGUUGUCCCUGAGCUGUGGAACUUCAAGGAGAACCGCAAGGCCACAUUCAAGGAGGUCAUCAACUACAUCUACAAUCAGAUCAAAACCCUCAAGCGCAAGAGGACUUGA